AAGCUCUGCGGCGUGGCAGGCGCCGCGGGAGCGCUGGCCAUGAGGACCCUGUGGAUGGCGCUGUGCGUGCUGGCGCGGCUGUGGCCGGGGACCCUGGCCGGCUGCGCCGAGGCGGGGCGCUGCUGCCCGGGCCGGGACGCCGCCUGCUUCGUGCGCGGCUGGAGGUUGGACAGGGUUUACGGGACGUGCUUCUGCGACCAAGCCUGCCGCCUCACGGGGGACUGCUGCUUCGACUACGCCAGGGCAUGCCCAGCUCGCGCGUGCAUCGUGGGGGAGUGGAGCCCCUGGAGCGGCUGCGUCGACCAGUGCCAGCCCGCGGCCCGCGUGCGGAGGCGCUCGGUGCAGCAGGAGCCCCGGAACGGCGGCGCGCCCUGCCCGCCCCUGGAAGAGAGAGCCGGCUGCCUGGACUACUCAACGCCCCAGGGCCAGCACUGCGGGCACUCCUUCGUCCCUGCCUUUAUAACUACCUCUGCAUUCAACAAGGAGAGAACAAGACAAGCCGCCUCUGCACAGUGGUCUACAGUCACAGAGGACGCUGGAUACUGUAUGGAGUUCAAGACAGAGUCAUUGACUCAUCACUGCGCUAUGGAAAACCGCCCCCUGACUCGAUGGAUGCAGUAUCUCCGAGAGGGGUACACAGUAUGCGUCGAUUGUCAACCCCCAGCUAUGAAUUCUGUGAGCCUUCGCUGUUCCGGAGAUGGCCUAGACUCAGAUGGAAAUCAAACUCUCCACUGGCAAGCAAUUGGCAAUCCUCGAUGUCAAGGAACGUGGAAAAAAGUUCGGCGAGUAGAUCAGUGUUCUUGUCCAGCUGUUCACAGUUUUAUUUUUAUAUAGAUUGUGAUGUAAAUAUUUCACAAUGUGUUCGUCAUGCUAAACCUAACCAAGUCAUGUUCAGUGCUUCAUAAACCUUCAAAAACCAUCUGGCCAAAGUCCCUAAAACACAUGUUAUCGCCACACUCCGAAGUAGAGAAAGAAAAUGCACGGGCCCGUUCUCAAGAUGCCCAGUACCUUUGUUUUUAUGUUUACUACAUUGAGGACCUACCCUAAAGGUUCCUGUGGUUUUGUGUCCUUGGCCUUCUAGAGAGUCCUCUCAUCAUUCAAAGGUCGCCCACACAACACAGAAUGCAUGUCUGUUUGCACUAAAAUUACUACAGUAUGGUCCAUUUAUUGGUGCGUAGUUGUCAUUUAAGGGCAUCCAUGCUUUGAAUCUUGCAUUCCUUCUUUCUGUUCUGUAAUCUCUUAAAAACUUCUCGCUUGAAAAAAUGUAUACAGAUAUAUGUACACUCUCACAUGUACGGAUUCCCACAUAUUAUUCCAUAAAUUGUGAAACAAUAAUUUUAAGAAAAUAGUCACAAAUGAUUUCCACAGGACAAGUUAAGAUUUAGUAAGGGUUUCGUAAUGAAAAGCCAACAGCUAUGUUGAAAACACUUUUUUGAAGAAGAAAUUUUCUUUGGUUAAUUGACAAUCAAAUGUUCAUUCUAGGUCAGUAGAAGUUCCUUAAAUGCUAUAAUUUUCAUGAAGAGAAUUUUGGCACCGAUGAAUGAAACAAUGCUUUAAUUAUGAAAAUUUUACCAUCAUUAGCACCUAAGAUUAUUUCCAAGGCUUAAAACUUGAAGCUGACUAAAAUAAUCUUUCAGAUUUAAGUUUAAACUAACUUCAAGUUUAAUUGAAGUAAACUUACUACUUUUUUCCUACAGCAUACAUUUUCUCCUGUUUGGGGUGGAAGGCAGUUAUUAUAGAAGACGUGGAUUUUAUCACAAAUGCGAUGACCACACACACACAUACACACACACACACACACACACACACUCACACACAGAAGUAUUCGUCUUCUAUUUUAUGAUUGGAAAACCAGUGAGCCAGAGACAAAGUGGCUUAAGGAUGGGUUAUUCUGCAGGUCAGCCACAGAGCCCACUCUCAGUUUCUCAUCCAGGACUCAGCUUCAAUGAAAAGCCUGCCUAUGCCAAAGAUAGCUGGGAAAGCUAAGUCCUUUUCAAUUCUGAAACAAAUUUUAAAUUUAGGAUAUUUCUCUGGAGAACUGCAUCUUAAAAUUUAAACUCCUGCAGUUUCAUUUAUAUAAAAUAUUAUUCACUAACAAAUGAUUUACUAAAAUACAUAUUUCUUGGUACUUACAUGUAAUGACAAGAAUGACAAUAUCAAGCUUAAUAGGGCUGGAAAAGUCCCUAAUAUUUAAUGCUGAGGGUAGCAGUAUUUCUGACUAUAUAUUCAUUUAACUGUCAGAGUUGUUUUUAUGGUAAAUUCUUCAGGGAUUAAUAAUAAAAAAUUUGAGUCUCAUCAAGGUUAGGACCUUAAACUGUAAGUUCAGUAUUAACAUUUUAAGACCAUUUCUAACCUUUGUAAAGCAAGAUUUUUGAAGAUAUACCUGGGUAAUUUUAAUGUUACUUAAUUAAAAUUUUUAUACCAGUUAAUAAAAUCUCUGUUCACAUUUUUAA